AAAAGGGCACACUUUAUUCUUUGUUUUGUCUUCUCCGUUAGACAACAAAAGAUCUAGCAAACAAAUCUUUUUUUUCCGGAUAAGUCAAAUACAAGCAGUGGGGCUGUAUAUUGAAGGAUUUCUAACUUUUCGGUCCUUGUGCGGAAUUUCAAUUUCAAUUCAUGCUGAGGGCUCAACAGUGACUUAUGGCCUUGUCGUCGAGAGGUUGUAGGCUAAGCUUCCUGUGUUACUCAUUAAGCCCAAUUAGGGGAGAGGUGUGGAAGCAUGCUAUGGAGCUCUGGUAUAAGGAACUGCAUAUUGAAUUACAUGGUAUAUGCCAUAGUUGGUGUUCCUUUUUAACUCUUCCACUUACUUUCCCUUAAUUUCUAUGUUGGAAAAAGAAGUCAUUCUAGAUUUACACGUGAAUUUGCAGGAGCAUGUCUGUUCGCAAAAGGGGGGGGCGGUUGGGCUGAACUUGUAACUCAGUCAAGUAAAAUCCAGUGUGAACUGACCUCAGCUGCAUUUGUGACUGACCUCUGUCCCUAGUCUGACCGGGAGAAUAUGUACAAGGGGCUGCAAGACCAAAUGAACUGUAAGGGUGCAUAAUAGAUUGCAUAACGUCUGCCACUACAUCUUCAUCACCUGCUGUUUGUUGUGCUGACUGAGUGGAAUUCAUGAAUGAACUGUAGUUUGGUGUCUUAAUCGUCACAAAGAACCUUUUAUAAUCAUCGCUUUACAGCUUUAUGGACUACUGCUUAUAUAUUUCUGUGAAUUUCUUUUGAUUUGGCAACACAAAAUGGCUUUCUUCCAUCUGUCCGCUAGAUAGCAAUACUGCUGUGUGAAAUCAAUUUUCUGUCAGACUUUAACAUGAUGGAAGAUUUGUCAUUCUCACACAGCAAUUCCUUCUGAUUUUAACAAUUUCCCUGUGGUUAUUCUUUUAGCCUGUUGUACAUCAUGUGAGCAGUGAGGAAUGGAUCUGCACCUUCAAUCAAAGAAAUUAGUCAAUUAACUUAACCUCAGACAUGAAAUUGGGAUGUGCUGCAUUGCAGAAAGGAAUUGAUGGAACCCAAAAUGUAAACUUUAUUAUUAGGGUGCUCUUAAUUAAAAAAUGGAAAUCUGCUUUUGCUUUUUGCAGGAAUCUCCUGAAAGCGUACGACAGGAGACAUUACAUUCAUUUAAAAAAAGAAAUGUAUAUACAGUUCCUAUAGCAGAAGUGGUCCACUGCAGCAGAAAUAUACACAAUGCUGAUCAUAGUAACAUCCUAUUGGACUCUCAUGUUGCACCUUAUUUAUAUAUGUACUUUGCUCUGAAAGGGCCAGACGGAGGGAAAGAACGUGGAGGCCGGCCUAAGUUUAGCAUUUCCAACCCCCGCCCCUCACUCACUCACUGCAGUCAUGUUAAAUACUAAAACUUGAGCAUUUACUGAUAAAUCUUCAGCCUUGAGACGGGGGUUUCACACAGCAGAUCACUACAAUGAAAGGAGACGCUACCAGAGCAGGCCUUCCAAGUGGCAGCCGCCAAGCCAAGGACCUGCUGCCCCAUUCGGAUGAGAAGAUGGAGGAGCGGGGCCAAUGGAGCAAUAAGUUAGAGUUUAUUCUGUCAGUCGCCGGCUCCAUCAUCGGCCUGGGCAACAUGUGGCGCUUCCCUUACCUCUGCUACAAGAAUGGAGGAGGUGCAUUCCUCAUCCCCUAUCUGAUCUUCCUGUUCACCUGUGGCGUUCCUGUCUUCUUCCUGGAGACGGCCCUGGGCCAGUACACCAGCGAGGGGGGCAUUACUUGCUGGAGAAAAAUCAGUCCCUUGUUUGAAGGUAUUGGCUAUGGCACCCAGGUGAUAGUGACUCUGUUGAACUUCUACUACAUCAUUGUUCUGGCCUGGGGGAUUUUCUACCUGUCUUUCUGCUUCUCCUGGGACCUGGCCUGGUCGUCCUGCAACAACACAUGGAACACAGGUAGCAAAUGUGCGUCAAGAUGCAAGGUUCCUCCAAUGUUUUUGACACGUUCAAGACAUUUUGCUCUUCAUCCCCCAGAAAACUGUGUGGAGUUUCAGAGGAGAAACACUUCACUCAACCAAACUGGCAACAUCACAUCUCCUGUCCUCGAGUUCUGGGAGAGAAGAGCGCUGAGGAUUUCCCCAGGCAUUGACCACAUGGGCUCUCUGAACUGGGACCUGGCCUUGUGUCUGUUCAUCGCCUGGAUCAUGUGCUACUUCUGCAUCUGGAAGGGGGUGAAAUCCACGGGAAAGGUGGUCUACUUCACUGCGACCUUCCCCUAUCUGAUGCUGAUUGUGUUGUUGAUCAGAGGGCUCACCCUGCCUGGCGCUGGGAUCGGCAUCCAGUUCUACCUUUAUCCUGACCUGGGACGACUGGCGGACCCACAGGUGUGGAUGGAUGCUGGUACCCAGAUCUUCUUCUCCUAUGCCAUCUGUUUGGGGUCGCUGACUGCUCUGGGGAGCUACAACAAAUACAACAAUAACUGCUACAGAGAUUGCCUGGCGCUGUGCUUUCUGAACAGUGGCACCAGUUUUGUGGCAGGCUUUGCAAUCUUCUCCAUCCUGGGUUUCAUGUCUUUUGAACAGAACGUUCCCAUCUCAGAAGUGGCAGAAUCUGGUCCUGGCCUGGCCUUCAUAGCUUACCCCCGAGCUGUGAGCAUGAUGCCCUUCUCUCCUCUGUGGGCCGCCCUCUUCUUCAUCAUGAUUGUUUUUCUGGGGCUUGACAGCCAGUUUGUGUGUGUCGAGAGCCUUGUGACCGCGGUAGUUGACAUGUACCCUGCUUUGUUCCGACGUAAAAACCGCAGGGAGCUCUUCCUGUUAGCUGUUAGCCUCUUCUCCUUCUUCAUGGGCCUCAUCAUGCUGAUGGAGGGGGGCAUGUAUGUCUUCCAGCUUUUUGAUUACUAUGCAGCCAGUGGCAUGUGUCUUCUCUUCAUGUCCAUCUUUGAGACUGUCUGCAUUGCAUGGGUCUAUGGUGCAGAUCGCUUUUAUGAUAACAUUGAGGACAUGAUUGGCUACCGCCCAGGACCUUACAUCAAGUACUGUUGGUUGUUCUUCACCCCAGCCACGUGCAUUGGUACCUUUGCCUUCUCCCUCAUAAAAUACACUCCUCUCAAGUACAACAAUGAGUAUGUGUACCCAUGGUGGGGCUAUGUCAUUGGCUGGCUGCUCGCUCUCUCCUCCAUGGUCUGCAUCCCGCUUUGGAUGGUUUACAAGAUCUGCACCACCCAGGGGACACUCAGAGAGCGCAUCCAGCUGCUCAUCACACCAUCUGACGGCUUACCCAAAACCAAGAGAGAGCAGGAGAGGUUACUGGUCAUCUUUGCUCCUGAGGGAGAUGCCACGAUGACCAGAAAUGGCUACUGUCCUGUCUCAGAGAGAGACUCCAGCUUAUGAGAGCCCCAGUUGUGCUGUGUAUGGGAAAGACACUUGGGUUUCAGUUCCAUCCUUGACUUGCACCCUCGCCUCCAUCCCAAUGAUCAAAGCAGGGAAGGGUACAAUAAAGUGUCACAUCAUCUACUUUAAUACAUAACAGAUAUGGAGGACUCAGGAGAUAAUAGACCUAUAGUGUGUUAGGUAUGGCAGUGCCUGUACAUUUCAGGGAUGGCAGUAAUGUUGUGACAAAAGAAGGAUAAAGAAAAAGAAAUUUAAAAAGUCAUUCAUUGCAUUAUUUAGAAGUUUCAGAAGGGACAGGGGCAUUUUUUCAGGGACAAAAGUAAUUUACUCUACUCAAACUGAAAUAUAUUAAUACACUGGCAUAUAUUGUUCAGCUCUGCAUUUCACAGAUAAUGUAAAUGAACUAAUUCAAGGUCAGCUGAAAUGUAUGAGUUAGCUUUGUUGUGAGAAAUGGUACUGUUUUAUAAUGGAAGUUAUUGGCAUUUUCAAUGUAGAGGCAGAUACACAAGUUCCACCAGAGGUUUAAAAAUAAAUGUUUUAGUUUAUAUAGUAAGGAUGAAUUUUGCGCAAAUGUUAACUGGAAGACAGCAAAAUCAGUUUAACCAUUUGUUAACACUGAAAAGUCAGCUACAUGUAAGUUACUUUUUGAAGUGUCCUUGUGUAUCUGACAUCGCUUCAUGGCUACUUGGCUGUGUUUGUAUCAUAUAUUGUAUUAUCAUAACUGAUUUUUUCUUUUUGUAUUUACAAGAACUGAAAUAAAAUGUUAUAAAUGUUUCACAUGAAUAGACUGUGUAAAGAAAGGAUAUAAUAUACUAUAAGCACUGCAAUAGCUGUAGGACUAACAUGACAUACACAAUGUAGUUUCAUUAUUUGUACUGUAACAUAAUAUGACUGUACAAAGAAAUUUGAAUCUUGUAACUAUGUUUUGAAAUAAAUAUACCGUGAGUUACUUUAUGAGAAGUGUAGGAUUAUAUUAGGGACUAAAGGUCUGGAGAUCAAAUUUUAACAAUAUUUUUUAAAACUAUCUCAGAAUCAGAAUUUGUGGGCUUACCACUGCUAUGCAGAUGAUAUGCAACUCUACCUGUCCUUCACGCCAGACGACCCCACGGUUCAUGGACCAUUUCUCGGACAUAUCUGCA